CGCCGCGGCAGGUCCCCAUCCUCCCAGCGGACGGCUGCUCCCCGGCGGCGGCUGCCCGACUGGGUCUGGGUCCUCUGCCAGAUUUUGUCCGCGGCAUGUGUAGGAAUGAAGGGAAGAUGCAACCUUUACCCCAUUCGAGAUCUAAUCCAUUUCAGCCAGGCUGCAGAAACUGACGAAUCCACGGGUGUGUGCUUCCUGCAAGAACGCUGAUGUAGCCCCAUCCAGGAAGAAGCUCUGUGGUGUGCGGAUAGUGAGUUUGCUCAAGGAACUCAGACUCUUCACAAGGAAUAACUAGACGUGAGAAGCAGCAUGGAUGAGCUGGCACCAGUAGAAGGGGAGGGCCAGCUCCCAAGCCCUCACCACCAGGGCUCUCUGAGGAAGGCUGUGGCUGCUGCCUUGGCCCUGGAUGGGGAAUCCACAAUGGGUCGCAGGAAAAAGAAGAGGAAAGAGUCCCGCCCUGAAUCUAUCAUCAUCUACCGGUCAGAAAAUGAGAAACUAGAUGAGGGGCCUGGGGAAUCAGAAAGUGGAGACCGGCCUAAAGAAGAGGAGGGAGACGAUUUCCUAGAUUAUCCUGCAGAUGAAGAGAUCGUGCCAAGACUGAGGCCCAGCAAAGUGGAGAGAGAACUUGAAAAACAAGGGAUGUGGAACAUGCCUUUGGACAGCCGCUAUGUCACGUUAACUGGCACCAUCACACGAGGAAAGAAAAAGGGCCAGAUGGUGGACAUCCAUGUCACACUGACCCAGAGGGAGCUGCAGGAAUUGACGAGGCCUAAAGGGUCAUCACGGGAGAGAACACCUGAAGACAGAAAGGCCUGCCAAGUGGGAGCAGAUCGUGGGCCCCAUGUCGUCCUCUGGACGCUGGUCUGUCUGCCUGUGGUCUUUAUCCUCUCUUUUGUUGUCUCUUUCUACUAUGGCACGAUCACCUGGUACAACAUCUUCCUUGUGUACAAUGAGGAGAGGACCUUCUGGCACAAGAUCUCAUGUUGCCCCUGCCUCGUUCUCUUCUAUCCAGUGCUCAUCAUGGCCAUGGCCUCUUCCCUGGGCCUCUAUGCUGCAGUGGUCCAGCUCUCAUGGUCCUGGGGAGCAUGGUGGCAAGCUGCCCGGGACAUGGAGAAAGGCUUCUGCGGCUGGUUGUGCAGCAAGCUAGGUCUGGAGGACUGCUCCCCCUACAGCAUUGUCGAGCUGCUGGACUCUGACAGUAUCUCAGGCAAUCUCUCCAACAAGGACCCCACCCAGGAAGUAGAAACUUCCACUGUCUAAACUUCCAACAACUUCCAUCCUUCUCUGGUCCUAGUAGCCCAUAUAUUGUCUCCCAAUUCCAGGAGAGUCUUUCUUUAAAGUAAACCCUUUCCCCUCUCAGUCCUGGAAAAUUCUAGCACACACGGUUCUGUUCUACCAUCUUGGUGGUUUCAGGAGGGCAGGGAACACAAAAGCAAUUUGUGCCAAAGCAGUCUAUCCACAGACGAAUUCUUUUCAUUCCCUGUCCUAAAAUGACCAUUUAUCUGGGACAGGGAGUGCAGUUGUGUGUUAAGCUCAGGAGCUUGAAGAUGUUACUGGUGACUGGAACCCAGGGAAGGAUUUGACUAAAUGUGACAGGUAGAAAAAUGAGGCCCAAAGGAGACCAAGCUCACCAAAAAGAUAAUACGUAGGUAGGAGAGAAACACUUAGGAAGCUAGGCUACCAUAGUGCAGCAGAAUGUAAAGAUUUGAGUGUAUCACUUAGAGUUUGGUUUAGUGGCAUAGAAUUCAAAUCCUAAAAUACCAGUGGUUUAAACAAAGAAGAAGUUUCUUUCUUUCUUAUAUAGAAGAAAUCUGAAGGUUGAUCAUCAGGGGACCUGAUGAAGUCAUCCAAACCCUAGGCUUUCUUCCCCUACCAUUAGGAUAUGACCCUCUUUGUCCUUGUCCUCAAAACCUCAGUGGUGACCACAUCUCCAGCCCUCGCAUCCAUGGUUCUUGCAGAAUAGAGGAGGGAGCAAAGACAUGUAUAUUCUCCCUGUUUAAGGAGACUUCCCAGAAGUCUCCCUCAAGCUCAACACUUCCUGUAUUUCAUUGGCUAGGCCUUAGUCACGUGACCUCGCAAGCAAAAGAGGCUGGGAAAUGUAGUCUUUUGAUUAGGCAGCUAUAGUUCAGGUUAAGUAUUUGGGUUCUGCUAAUUUAAGCAAAAAGAGAAACAUGACAAUUUUGGUAGGCAUAAAAGAAUCUCUGCCUCACGGUAAUUAUUUAAAUAUAUUCAGAUCCCAAACUGCUAUUUUGUUUUAUUUAUUUAUUUAUUUAUUUAUUUAGGGCUGAAUGUUACACAGAGAUUUUCUACAUAGAUACUAGUUACAUAUACUAUGUAUAUGCUAUCAGUAGAUAAUUAGCAUCUCAUGUACUUUGCAAUUAGUUUGUAAUGUCAUGUGGUUUCAGGGUUUUUGGAAAGGAAGAGUGGAGAGUUGAAUAUAAUUAGUAGCAUAACUUUUUUCCUGGUAGUGAAGGCAGGACUGGGUUGUGAUGUUUAAUUUAAUCUAUACAUUAAAGACUGUGUAGGGAGGAUUUGCAAACUUCCCCCAACAGGGAUCAGUAGCCCUAAGCAUGGAGAAGACAGGGUUAGGUUUCUGUUGUUUAGCAAGACCUCACAGCCUCACUCAGUCAGACCUUAUUGGAGUUUAACCAACAGUGUCUUCACUGUAUCUCCACGCUUCAUGAAAGGGUGUCUUCCUGGCCACUGGGGGGUGAACACCAGAUGAAUCUAGAUGAAUAGAAUCUGAACUUUUUUUUUUUUCUGUUUAAAUUUAUUCCUGAGGGUGUCUUUCUAAUGUCAAAAAAAUCGAAUCCCAAGAGAUUGAGCAGAUUUUGGAGGUUUGGGUCCUCACAAGAACAGCUGGUGCCCAUUUCUUAUUCCUGUCUCAGGAAGAAACUACGUUCAGAAUGGCUGUGAAUCAAACCAGACAGGUCAGUACUGCUCUCCCACAGAAGGCCACGGACAUUGGCCUAAAGCAUGGGGAACACCGUUUUCAGAAGAACCCCCUUUGAAAAUAGCAACAACAAAAACUAUUAUUAGUUUCACACAAAACAAAACUCUGCCCAACCGUUUUGAAAGUAACCUUGGUGCUCUCUGGUGCCUUUGCAGAAAUGUAAACAACUGAAAUGAUGACAAAGAAAAUAAAAAUAAAAUCAAAUUAAUUUUGUUCA